AUGGAGCUACUGCAUGGCCUCAAGUGGCACCACAAUGUCCUCAACCUCCCACAACCAAAGAUGAUGGUUGCCAACAACUGUUGUCAUAUUCACAGUGCAGUGGCUUCUGCCAUGCCUGAGACAGAGGCCAAGCUGGAUGUCUGGCAUUUCAGUGCCAUAUACAUUGCUGCAAUCUUGAACACAAGCAAAAGCCCAUUCCAUAGUGCCAUUGCUGCUGAUAUUUCAGGUGCGAUCCUCAAGAAACAUGCAGAACAUGGACAUGGAGCAGAGUAUUGGGAUUGUGGUGAACAAGAGCAGUGCCUUCUUGCAGCUUUUGAUAAAUGGGCCAAGAAAGGUGUGUGGUCAGCAGCAGCUCAGAAAGUCCAUCAAGAGCAACUCAAACAUGUCCAAAAAUGGUGUCUCAAGUGCUCAGAUCAAGACCUCAGGUCUGACAGCAGCUGUGUCAAGGGCACACACAAAGGCUGGAACUCAUUGCAGCGCGCCCAACCAAGUGGGAUUGUGAUGUUGUCUGCACUCAGUCAUGACUUUGUCCUCCAUCAAAACAUUCGGGUCACUUCCAACUGUGCUGUCCUGCAUGAUUUGGGAAUCAUGCAUGGACAUGACUACUAG